GCAGGAGAACGCUAUGACAUGCCUGAAGAAGCAGCAGCAGGAGCUGGAGCACAUGAGGUUACGCUACAUGGCCGCUGAAGAGAAGGAAGCCGUCAAGAAUGAGAAACAUGAGCUCCAGGACAUCCGUAACGAGCUGAACAGGCUGAAGCAGCAGGAGGAGCCGCGUGGCGCGAGGGAGACGGCGCAGGUGUGUGUAAACGAGAGCUCAGAUGAACACGUGACACGUCUGCUGGAGGAGAGAGACACACUGCUGCGCACCGGCGUCUACACACACAACGACAGGAUCAUCUCUGAGCUCGACCGGCAGAUCCAGCAGGCCAUGAGCACCUGAACAUCAGCAAACACACCUCGCUUGAUUUCACUUCCUUCAGGUUUCGCUCACAGUUAGAUGUGUGUGAUUUCAGCAGGUGGCGCUGCUUCUCAAUAGAUCAUUGCUGGAUUAUUAACACUUUAGAGCUUCAUAAGCCUUUAUAUGUGACUUUAUUUAUAGUGUGUGUGUGUGUGUGUGUGUGUGUGUGUGUGUGUGUGUG